AGCUGGAGCGCUGCGAGCGCGAGUGGCACGAGAUGGAGGGGGAAUUUCAGGAACUGCAGCUAAGGAAGCAGAAGCUCGGCCAGGCUGAUUGAUAGAACCAAACCUAAUUGUUGAAAUGUGGGGGGCCCCGCUGUCUCCCCACCUGCUCCCUGCUGUGAAAUAGGGGAGCUCUGAGCUGGACGAGUGGAGCUGUGCAUGGAGACACACAGGAUCUACAGGCAGAAGCUGGAGGAGCUGAUUGCCUUACAGACCUUGUGUAGUGGGUCAAUCAACAGACAGAAGAAGCGCCUCAAAGACUUACGACUGGAGCUCCAGAGGUACAAGCGCCAGGCCGGUCAGGAGGAGGCGGAGCUGGUGCAGCAGAUGGGCGCGCACAUCAAGGAGCGGCAGAACGUCUUCUUCGACAUGGAGGCCUACCUGCCCAAGAAGAACGGGCUCUACUUGAACCUGGUCCUCGGCAACGUGAACGUGACCCUGCUCAGCAACCAGGCCAAGUUCGCCUACAAGGACGAGUAUGAGAAGUUCAAGCUCUACCUGACCAUAAUCCUGCUCCUGGGGGCUGUGGCCUGUCGCUUUGUCCUUCACUACAGGGUGACGGACGAAGUCUUCAACUUCCUGCUGGUGUGGUACUACUGCACCCUGACCAUCCGCGAGAGCAUCCUCAUCAGCAACGGCUCCAGAAUCAAAGGCUGGUGGGUGUCGCACCACUACGUCUCCACGUUCCUGUCGGGAGUGAUGCUGACGUGGCCUAAUGGACUCAUUUAUCAGAAGUUUCGCAAUCAGUUUUUAGCAUUUUCAAUUUUCCAGAGCUGCGUGCAGUUCCUGCAGUAUUACUACCAGCGGGGCUGCCUCUACCGGCUGCGGGCUCUGGGCGAACGGAACCACCUGGACCUCACGGUCGAAGGGUUCCAGUCUUGGAUGUGGCGGGGCCUCACCUUCCUCCUGCCGUUCCUCUUCUGUGGCCACUUCUGGCAGCUCUACAACGCCGUCACGUUGUUCGAGCUCUCCACCCACGAGGAAUGCGGAGAAUGGCAGGUGUUCGUGCUGGCGCUCACCUUCCUCGUCCUCUUCCUGGGCAACUUCCUGACCACACUCAAGGUUGUGCACGCCAAACUCCAGCAGAACAGAAACAAAACGAAGACGCCGUAGCCUGGGUCGCAGCGGCCGCUCAAGCUCCGGGUAGGAGCGGGACUGACAGGCCGUGGGCCUCGGACUCGUGUGCCCCGGCCGGGCUCAGAGGCCCUGGGCUUCCCAGGGCCAGGCAGCAGCAUCUCAGGGGCCAGCACGGUGCUGGAGAGCGUCCCGCCCGACGCGGAAUGUGACGGCACCUGUCUUCGCAGUAUUCGCCCUAUUUAUGACAUAUUUAAACCAGCUCCCCGAGUCCCCGCAGCGGCUGUCAGCGGAGGCUGAGUCAGGGUCCGUCCCCCUGGGGCGGGGCCCAAGCCUCAGGGAGCCCCUCUGGCCCGCUGUCCCUGGAACCCCUCACAGUGGGGUUCAGAUGUGCCUCUGGGGGUUGGAUUUCUGCUUCCCCGCUACCCACCGCGUCCCGGUGCGGGAUGGGUGACACCUUCUGCACCCCUGGCCACGUUGCCUCUGCUGUGAGCCCUGCGCGGCCCCCACUUGGGGAUGGGGUUAAGUUCUCAGAGAACCACAGCCUGUCUCUUGUGCUCUUCGUGCUUGCGGAGUCUCCCACGGGGACCUGUCCCUGUCUUCCUGGGAGAGGGCAGCUGGGCCCCUUGGAGAGGUGGCCUGCGAUGGGAGGCUUUAAGGAAGGCCGCCAGCAGGGGGCGCCCCAGGCUGUGCGUUGAGCGGCUGCAGGUUUGAAGGACACUGAAAGUCCCGCAGGACUCUUUGGGGUCUGCGGGCACUCAGCCUUCAGCUCACCUUUAUCCGAGUUUUAAUCUUGGGUUAUUGGGGAUCGAACCUGGCGCUUUCGUACUGAGCUACCUCUCCAGGCCAUUGUACUUAUUUUGAGACAGCCUCUGGGUAAGUUGCUCUGGCUGGGCUCGAGCUCAGUUCUCCAGCCUGGGCCGCAGACUUGCUGUGAGCAGGCAAGGGCCCCGCCUCUCAGCGCCCUCCCCCUCCUCCGCCCCCUCCUUUUCCCAGGUUCAGGGCUGAGUGGGGAGGACAGCUCGGGCAGGCUCCUCCCCUGGGGGCCACCUGGCGUCAGAUCUGGGUGCAGGAAGGGUGGGGAAGCCCUCGGGCUCCUCGCAGGUGUCCCUUCCGGCGCAUGGGCCUCAGCUGCCUUUAAUGGCUUCCCCACCCUGACCAGCCUUCCCCCAGGGCUGCCAUGAUCCUGGUUAGUUUCACCUUCAAGAGGGUUUCAAAUUCUUUAGUUAUAUUUGAAGAGAUUCCCCCUGCCUCCCCAGUGAUUUCACAUAAAAGUCCAGUUUUACUUUCUCUGAAAAAAUGGAAAAAGAUCACCUGGCCAGCCAUGGUGGUGCACACCUGUCACCCCAGCACUCUGGGAGGCUGAGGCAGGAGAGUUGCAAGUUUGAGCCCAGCCUGAGCAACUUAAGUGAGUUGGUGAGGCUCUGCCUCAGUAGAAAAGAAAAUGGGCUGGGGUGUUGCUCCGCCAUAGCCCUGGCUCGGUUCCCUGCACUGAAGGGGGAGGAAAGGGGCAGAUGUGGCAGCUCCUGCAAGGCUAGCCACCAUGCCCUCCCCGCCUGCGUACCCCUCCCCCUGGCUGUUUGCAGGCCCCUGGGUCUGCCCCAGGUUUGGGGUCAUCGAAUCUUUUCUGUCAAAGCCAAAUGGUAAAUAUUUUAGGCUUCUCUGUGGACUACAAAGUCUCUAUGGCUACUAGUGUGCCGCUGUGAAGCGAGUCAACAGUGUAUGCGAGUAGGUGUGGCCAUGUGCCAAUAAAACUUUAUUUACAAAA